AUGUCAUCCCCAUCACCACCUUUAUCACCUCCAUCGAAUAAUCGAAAUCCCAUUAAAUCCGAAUUCUUCAUUGAUCCUAAUUCCACUACUACGAGUGAAUCAUAUAGUGGUACAACUGAAUAUUUAAAUAGAGAUAGUAGUGUUUCAAGUAGAAAAUCACAACAAUCAUUAGGAUUAGUAGAAAGAUUAAAAUUAGGUAUAAGUCAUCCAAUUGUUAUUGAGGAUGAUAAUGAUCUUGAAGGAUUGCGGUAG